GACACCCCUUUUUGGUGCAACUGUAGCAUUUUCCAUUUCAAAAUCUCUCUAACUAGCGUUAUAGGAGGCUUUUACGCCCCGAGUCGCGACGCUCUUCUCCUCCCAAAAUCUCCUUCGCCCUUUCCCCUCGAUCUCGAUCUCGAUCUUGAUCUCGUCGUUUGAAGGCAUAUUAACGUUUGGAGGAGGAGGAGGAGGAGGAGGAGGAGGAGGAGAUGGGUACGAUGGAUAAUUUGAUCUCCCUGGUGAACAAGAUCCAGAGGGCGUGCACCGCCCUCGGGGAUCAGGGCGAGGAUAGCGCGCUCCCUUCGUUGUGGGAUUCGCUCCCCGCGAUCGCCGUCGUCGGAGGGCAGAGCUCGGGAAAAUCUUCGGUGCUUGAAAGCAUAGUUGGGAAGGAUUUCCUACCCAGAGGUUCAGGAAUUGUCACUAGACGACCCCUUGUCUUGCAACUACAUAAGAUUGAUGAGGGAAGAGAAUAUGCAGAGUUUAUGCAUCUUCCAAGGAAGAGAUUUACAGAUUUUGCCCUUGUGCGAAAGGAAAUUCAGGAUGAAACUGAUCGAGAGACUGGUCGCUCCAAGGCGAUCUCUCCUGUUCCUAUUCAUUUAAGCAUAUAUUCUCCGAAUGUUGUGAACCUGACGCUUAUUGACCUUCCUGGGCUUACUAAGGUUGCUGUUGAGGGUCAACCUGAAAGCAUUGUGGCUGAUAUUGAGAACAUGGUUCGUUCAUAUAUUGAAAAGCCUAAUUGUAUAAUUCUCGCAAUAUCUCCAGCCAAUCAGGAUCUAGCUACAUCUGAUGCAAUCAAGAUCUCUCGUGACGUAGACCCUAAAGGAGAAAGGACAUUUGGUGUGCUUACCAAGAUUGAUCUCAUGGACAAGGGCACUGAUGCUGUUGAUAUACUAGAAGGAAGAUCAUACAAGUUACAGUAUCCUUGGGUGGGUGUUGUUAAUCGUUCCCAAGCAGAAAUCAACAAGAGUGUUGACAUGAUUGCUGCUAGGCGGAAGGAACGGGAAUAUUUUGCUAAUACACCUGAAUACAAGCAUCUUGCUAAUAGAAUGGGAUCAGAGUAUCUCGGGAAGAUGCUUUCGAAGCAUCUGGAAUCUGUUAUCAAGGCUAGGAUCCCAGGAAUCCAAUCUCUCAUUAAUAAGACAAUUGCUGAACUUGAAGGUGAACUUGCUCGUCUUGGGAAACCAAUUGCUGCAGAUGCUGGUGGAAAGUUGUACUCAAUUAUGGAAAUAUGUCGCAUAUUUGAUCAAAUUUACAAGGAGCACCUUGAUGGCGUGCGCCCAGGUGGUGAGAAGAUCUAUUAUGUCUUUGAUAAUCAACUCCCUGCAGCUUUAAAAAGGUUGCAGUUUGACAAAAAUCUCUCCAUGGAGAAUGUAAGAAAACUUAUCACUGAAGCUGAUGGCUACCAACCUCACUUGAUUGCUCCUGAACAAGGAUACCGCCGCCUCAUAGAAUCUUCACUAGUUAGUAUCAAAGGUCCUACUGAGGCAGCUGUUGAUGCGGUUCAUGCUAUUUUGAAGGAGCUAGUCCAAAAGGCUAUUAGUGAGACUGUUGAGCUAAAGCAAUACCCUACACUUCGUGUGGAGGUUGGCAAUGCAGCUUUUGAGUCAUUGGACAGAAUGAGGGAAGAAAGCAAAAAGGCUACUCUUAAGCUUGUCGAUAUGGAGUGUAGUUAUCUCACCGUAGAUUUCUUCCGGAAGCUUCCUCAGGACAUUGAGAAAGGAGGAAAUCCCACGCAUUCUAUUUUUGAUAGAUAUAAUGAUUCAUACCUCAGGCGUAUUGGUUCUACUGUGCUGGCAUAUGUAAGUAUGGUAUGUGCAAGCUUAAGGAAUUCCAUCCCAAAGUCUAUUGUAUAUUGUCAAGUACGGGAGGCCAAGCGCUCAUUGCUUGAUCACUUCUUUACUGAAUUGGGUGCAAAAGAGACUAAGCAGCUUUCUUCAUUGCUAGAUGAAGACCCGGCAGUUAUGGAGCGCAGAGCCUCCCUUGCCAAGAGGUUGGAGCUGUAUAGAAAUGCUCAAGCUGAAAUCGAUGCAGUUGCAUGGGCCAAGUAAACUGCAACCUCAGGGUAUAAUAUUUAUUUCUUUCUCCACCUCGUGCUUCUACCCAUGAGAAAUGAAUACAUAGGAGGUUUUUCUUUUUCUGUUUUUAUGUUCAUUCAUUUAUGGUCGCUCGGUGCCUUCACGAGUUAUUAUUUUUUCUUUACUUUUCUUUCUAUUCCCAUUUCUUUUAUUUUUCUGAAUGAACAACUGGCGCGGAGUGCUCGGAAAUUCAUUGUAGCAAGAACGUGAAAUGAUUUGUGCCUUCAUGAGUUAAUGUUAUAUAGUUUUUUUGACGAGCUUUAUCGAUCAAAAAGGUUGUGAAUUAUCUAUACAUUAAAUCCUAUUACUGAAUUUUUCUAA